CCACAGGCUCACAAGCACGCUCUGGGCACGCUUGAUCGUGUCAGUGUCGAUUCGUUGUGAGCGGUUGUGGCCUGUGGGUAUCUUCAGGUAUCCUCUGUUGUCAGUACGGUCAGUACGGAGUAGCAAGACUAGGAUGUGGUAUCGUGCAACGUUAUGGUAUAUCUCGUGGCCGCGACUUCGUGAGAAGCUCGUCGAGUUAGUGGACGCGUCUCGUUGAUGGAAAUGCGGUAUAGCGUAACAUUGUCACGAGUGCAGGGCAGGUUAACCUAAGGCGAAGUGUUGGUUGGUUUUGUCGAAAAGUGAAGUGCGGAAUAGAAGUGUGCGAGACUCGGAUCAGGGAACAAGCACCAAGAAAUCCCGGUGCUGUGGGAUAUGCACGCACACGUCAAGAUGUCGUCGGGAGGACAUAGCAGUCGUACACGAGCUGUGCACAUAGGUUCGAUCUUCCAGAAGCUUCACGGUCGCUUUGCUGACCCUAUGACACUGCCGAAACUUUCGACCGACAAGCGAAUGCUGGAUAAGACCUGGAAGCUUAUGGACAAAGUGGUCAAGCUGUGUCAACAUCAACGGAUGAACUUAAAAAAUUCGCCGCCGUUCAUCCUGGAUAUACUCCCGGACACGUAUCAACGAUUAAGACUGAUAUACAGUAAAUACGAGGACAGGAUGCAGGUGUUACACAGCAAUGAGCACUUUUGUGUGUUUAUCAACAACCUAAUGAGAAAGUGCAAACAGGCUAUCAAGUUGUUCAAAGAGGGCAAGGAGAAGAUGUUCGACGAGACGUCUCAUUAUCGUAGAAAUCUGACCAAGCUUAGCCUCGUGUUCAGUCACAUGCUGUCCGAAUUGAAAGCCAUUUUUCCAAACGGAGUUUUUGCUGGACACAAGUUUCGCAUCACGAAAGCGGACGCGGCCGAGUUUUGGAAGGAAAGCUUCGGGAUCAGCACACUGGUACCAUGGAAGGUAUUUAAAGAAAAAUUGAAUGAAGUUCAUCCCAUUAGUUCUGGAUUGCAAGCCAUGGCAUUGAAAUCCACGAUAGAUCUCACGUGCAAUGAUUACAUUUCGAACUUUGAAUUCGACGUCUUUACUAGGUUAUUUCAACCAUGGUCCACUCUUUUACGUAACUGGAAAAUUUUGGCUGUGACACAUCCUGGAUACGUGGCUUUCCUCACUUAUGAUGAAGUGAAAGCGCGUUUACAAAAAUAUUGUAGCACUAGACCUGGAAGUUACGUAUUCAGACUAAGUUGCACAAGGUUAGGGCAAUGGGCAAUUGGUUAUGUUACAUCGGAUGGAGAUAUUCUUCAAACGAUACCUCACAAUAAAAGUCUCUGUCAAGCACUGCUAGAUGGAUAUAGAGAAGGAUUUUACCUGUAUCCUGAUGGCCGUAAUAUAAAUCCAGAUUUAACAUGGGCUGUUCAACCCACACCAGAGGAACACAUUAAAGUCACAGCAGAACAAUAUGAAUUGUAUUGUGAGAUGGGUAGCACAUUCCAGUUAUGUAAAAUUUGUGCAGAGAAUGACAAAGAUGUGAGGAUAGAACCUUGUGGACAUCUGUUAUGUACACCAUGUCUCACAGCUUGGCAGGAUUCUGAGGGGCAGGGUUGUCCAUUUUGUCGAGCUGAGAUUAAAGGAACCGAACAAAUAGUAAUCGAUCCUUUUGACCCACGAAGAACGCAUCGACCAGGAACACAAUCAGCAUCUGUUAGUAACGCGUCAACCCCUACACGGGACCUUGACCCGGACACCGAGGAAAUCCUGGAUUUGUGUACAGGAAAUUGCGGAUUAAUGUGUGAUGACUCAGAUGAAGAAGACUUCAGCCCGACGAAUUCACCCCUUUUGACGCGUCGAAUCGUACCCAGCCCACCGUUACCUCCCCGCCGACCAUCUCCAUCGCCGACGCCGAAUAGUCACUCCAGAAAUGGUCGUCAUUUAACAGUUCCCAAAGAGAAUGCCCCACCGCCACCGUCCUCGUCAACGGUCAACACCACGUUUAAUUCAAACACCGACAAUCAGCAGAAUAAUAACUUGAACGCUGAAGCAGGAUACGAUAUGCUUCAUCGUGCUUCCUCGCCAUCUCCGAUACCGCCAAUGAUGCCCCCGGUACCAUUCGCGGUAUCCCGCGGCCACUCGCGUCGUUCACAAGCGAAUCACGUAUCCGUAGCGCAACCGCAGCCACCGCCAACGUUACCCGAAAAACCUAGUCGUGCUAAUAACGGGUCACUGAUAACGACGGGCAGUCAGAUCGCUACCAGCAAUAAUGUGCCGCCAGUACCACCACCCUUGUCGGUACCUCGUCCGCCUAAAGCGAAAGAGCACAACAAACAGGACCAUCACUACGAAAAUACGAUCGUGAUACCCGGUACAAGACAGCACGUCGUGAGGAACAUUAAUCUGGAAGCAAAUACGGCUCGAUUGUCCGCCCUGAUGAGAGGUAAGGACGAUCCCGCUGGUCCCACUAAACCGGAAUUUGCGGCGUACGAGAACGUGAACGUCGAACACAUUUCGAAGCUGACAGCACAAGGAUUCGCGCAAGACGCCGUAAUUAGGGCGCUUGGUAUUACUAGGAACGAUCUUGAAAUGGCUUGCGACAUACUGCACGAAUUUGCUACGAAAUCGUCUUGACCAGGAUCAAAUACCAAGGGCUCAUAACUAGUUCUACUGGCAGCACUUUUGAUGAACAUUAUGCGCAGAAACGUAUAGAAAAUUGCUAUCUUGUUGCUGGGAAAGCUAUCGUUUCUGUAAGCUCAGACGUUCUCAUAAUUCGAGCAAUACAAGGCUGAGAAGCCACCAAAGGCAGAGGUGUCCUGCCAGAGUUAGUCUUCAAUGUCCUCGAUCAUUUUUCGCAUGCAAAUCAUUGCGUCGAUUCCUCUUUAAUUUCGUGCUACGUGAAUGAAAGAUAUUUGUGAAUGGAGGUGUUCCGAAAUGCCAGUGUAUUUCUCUCGCUAAAUAUGUACUCGUGUAUAAAUAUGUACACAAUACAGACAAACAAAUAAAAGAAGACUGCUUAGAACUGCGAAAAGGUGUGACGAGUGUUACAAAUAAAUAAAUAAAGAAAUAGAAGUUGAAAUUGACGAGAAAUAGUUUGCGGCUACUAAGUACAAAGUUCUUUUCCGACUUCCGUGAUCGAUGGCAAACAAAAGUUGCUGUUACAUUUUUCCGACGUAAAUAGUUCACCUUUUGUAUAGACUAAUAACCAUUUCUCGAUUUACUUAAUAUGAAUAAUAAAUAUACGUUUUUAAGGAGAGAAUUCUCGCAUUAUUGUACAGUGGCCAAAAUCAAUAGGCUAAUGUAAAAAAAAAGAUUCUCUCUUUUUUGUUAAUAUAUAUUAUAUGAUAUAUACGUAUACGUAUAUUCCCCUUUCUAUUUGCUUGGAAAAAGGAGUAUUUGGAUAAGAUUUUUAUGAAAUAUGUAAAAUAAUAUCUUUUACAGACACAAAAUUAAUUUUAAUUACCAGCCAGUCUCUACUCUUUUUUCCAAAUUCAAUACAAAGGAGAAUAACUUUUUCGAAUUUCUUACCUACUCCGUAGGAUCGAUAGUGUUAUGCACAAAGAAUACUUUGUCGUUCGCGUGCAACAGUUAGCGUUAUUUAUCAAAUGUGAUACUUAUAUGUUAAUCAUUUUUAAUUGCACACACAAUGAACAAUAUUCAAAUCGAUUCAUGAAAGUGAGAACUUGUUAAUUGAUAUUCAACUAUUCAUAGAAAGAAACGAAUGCCAAAAAAAGCAAUUUACUCCGAAAUAAUAUUUAUUUAUUCAAUAACUCUUGCUGAAUAAUUUACUGAAAGUUCAGGCAUAAAAAUACUCGUAGUUAUAAAAUAAUUUAGUGUACGUACAAACAGCAAUCCUUCGUAAUUCUGUGACUUUUGUCUCAUAUCGAUUCAUAUCUGAACAAAUAUAUAAAAGCAAGAAAUUUGUGAUGAUUUUAAAAUUUAUAUGUACAAAUACUUUUUGUUCGCGUAAUACAUUCGUUGUCAAUGAGAGAGGAGUGCAGUAUUCUCUUGUAACGAAUCGCAUCGGAUCGAUUCUACCUCGCCAUCAUACCAAAGGGAAUGUCGUUGUUCUAUAAUUGAGCGAAAUGCGUUAUCUAAUACCGUCUAUCUAACAGAAACGACUCGUUUGAAACCGUAGACUGUAUAUUUCGGAGAAUGCAAUUAAAUUAUUUAGGGAAUUAGGGCACGAGUCAAGGCGUAUUACGGUUGCGAUUUGUAAAAUUGUGAAUAUUCUUGUUUUAUGGGCAGAAACGUUCUAUUUAAGUUGAUUAAUAGCCAGUUAAAAAAAUACACGUUUAUUUGAUUCAUCA